CGACCAUAUUAGCUCACGUCCCCCCCACCAUACCCACCCCCGUAGCGGCCCUCUCCACGUAGCAGCGGCUCUCUCGUCAUUCCUCGCUCCCUCCCCACCUCUACCCGCCCGCCCCUCCCACCCACUCCUCGUGCAGCAUCAACAUCCCCACGUGCGGCUCCCACUAUAAAAGCUCGGCCGAGCGCGCGAGCCCGGAGCAAGGAGCUGCCUCAUCGAUAUCGAGACAGCAGGACGCGAGACCCCCACCCCCCCUCCAAUGCGUAGACCGCGGGUCCCUCCCAGGUCCCCCUCGCUCAACGCGGCCUCCCACGAACUUCAACUUCGCGCAACCGCCUCCACCCACUACCCGAUAAUACCACAACCUCCACCACUAACUACCUAAUAAUACCACCACCAUCUCCACCCACAACCUAAUAAUACCACCACCAUCUCCACCCACAACCUAAUAAUACCACCACCAUCUCCACCCACAACCUAAUAAUAACACCACCAUCUCCACCCACAACCUAAUAAUACCACAGCCUCCACCACUAACUACCUAAUAAUACCACAGCCUCCACCCACUACCUAAUAAUACCACAGCCAUCCCCACCCACUACCUCAUAAUACCACAACCAUCUCCACCACCCACUACCUAAUAAUACCACCAACAUCUCCUCCUCCACCCACUACCUCAUAAUAGCACCACCACCCACACCUUGAAUUAUACAACCACCACCUACCAGCCCAUGAUACCACCACCAACUCCCGAAUACCACCGCCCCGACUACCUUCAAUCAUAACACCACCACAGCUCCAACCACCAUCUGCCCACACUCUAACUCCCGCCACCACCACCAACAACCAUCGCCGCCGCCGUCUCCAUCGCCAGGUUCUCCUCGUUGCUGGAGACCUGGGCACCCCGCGCAGCAGUCCCCAUGGCCCGAUCUCCCCCGGAUGCCCUCACCGUGCCCACGGCCGUCCAAGCGCAGCCGGGAGGAGGGAACUCACCGCGGCAGUCAGAGCCGCCUCCAGUUAGGCAGCACCACCACCAGCACCACCAGCAGCAGCAGCAGCCUCGUUCCACCAAAGGCGCGUCGAAGGCUCGCAGGGAUCUGAUCAACGCCGAGAUUCGGAGGAUCCGUGAGCUGCUGCCGCUGAGUGAUGCGGACAAAGCUCGACUCUCGUACCUGCACGUCAUGGCGCUGGCGUGCGUGUACACGCGGAGGGGACUCGCCUUCCCUGCGGGCUGUAGCGCAGAAGGAUCGAGGCGAGUUGGAGGAGGAGAUGGAGGAGAAGACUCUACAUGGGGGGAAGUGGCUGCGGGAUGGAGCCACUCGCUGCCCGGCUUCGUGCUCGUGAUGACCCGGGAGGCUCGCCUCGUGUACCUCUCGGACAACGUCAGCGACGUGCUGGGAUACUCCAUGGUGGACCUGGUCGCACAGGGGGACAGCUUCUACGACAUCGUCGACGAGGAGGACCGGGCGCAGGUGCAGUCCAAGCUGCAGGGGCACGGCGAGUGCACAGAGGUCUCCUUCGUGUGCCGCGUGAGCACGGCGCGAGCGCUGCGCCGGCAGGGCUCCAACCGCGCGCUCGCCGUGCGCUCGCGCGCGGCCCCCGCGCCGCCGGGCUGCGCGUGGCAGCAGCAGCAGCGGCGGCAGCUCCUGUGGCUGCUGUGCUGCCCGGCCGAGGACGUCAAUGCCGCCGGAUCCCAGCUGCGAAGUCGCCUCGCCGCCGCAUCCUCCUCGUCGUCUCCCCACGGCCACCAGCAGCAGCAGCUACAGCCGCAGCUGCAGCAGCAGCAGCGGUGGCAGGAGAACGGCUUCGCGUCCAAGCACUCCCGAGACAUGCGCUGGAUCUCCGCCGAGCGCAGCGUGGUGUACCAUCUGGAGUACGAGGCUCAGGAGCUCACGGGGAAGUCGUGGUACCAGCUCCUGCACCCAGAGGACGUGGGCCACGCCACCUCCCAGCACAGCAUUUUGGUUCAGAGCCGCGACUCGUGCGAGGUGCGGAUGAUCGUUCGGCUGCAGCGGAAGAGCGGGGAUUGCAGCUGGGUCCUGGCGACAGCUCAGCUGCAAGACGACGUCAUAUUUUGCGACAACCUCAUGAUCAGCGAGGCGGAGGCCACGAACCUCCGUGGCGCCGUCGGCCUGGCCCCGCGUCCCGUCGCGUCGGGCCCAUUCCACGGCGGCUUCGGGCCGUCGGCGGACGCUUUGGAAGAGCCGCCGAUUGACCCCGCGGACGUCGACGCGGCGGCUCCGCUGUUGGAGCCCCUGGCGGACGCGCUGGCGGACACGCUGGUGGACGCGCUGGUGGACACCCUGUCGGAGACCAUGGCGGAGACGUUGGCGGAGACGUUGGCGGAGACGAUGGCGGAACCGCUGAGCGUGCAGCUCAUGGGGCACCAGGUCGAGGCGUCGUCCGCCGUUUCCACCGCGGCGUCGCUGCUGCUCAUGCCCUCCCCGGUUCCUCAUCAGACCGCGGCGCCCUGCACGGCCGCCGCCGCCCCCUCCUCUUCUUCCUCCUCCUCCUCGCCCCCCUAUGUCGCCGAGAUCCUGCGCACCCUGGAGGUCGGCCUGCCCGGCUGCAGGAAGCGCAAGCGGUCCGAGGACAUCGCGAACCCCGCGCAGACGGCAGCGCACCACCCCGAGAUGGGGCUCUACUGUCCGCCCCAGCCCCUGCAGAAGCUUCAUCGUCCUCAACUUCAUCACCAUCACCACCAGCAGCAGCAGCAGCAGCAUCAGUUCCAGACCCCAGUGUGGAGCGAGCGAAUGUUGGCAAGCGCGAAGCAUCAGCCCGAGUCGUCGCCGGGCGGGCUGCAGUGCACGCCGCCCUACACCCCAGAGAAGGCCUCCACCUUCCUGUUCAACCCGUGCGACGUGGCCGCCCGCCAGCAGACCUUCGUGCCGCCCUCGCCGAGCCCCGGCGUGUACGAUCAGCUGCCCCCCACGCCCGACAGCCCCUUGACCUCCGCCGCGGCCUCGCGCCGCUCCCUGCCGCCCAUCGGCACCUUCGGGGGCGGGCGGCGAGCGCCGGGCGCGCCGCACGCCGCCCGCGGCCCCCACGCGUAUUCCGAGGCGGAGAGGGAGCACAUCAACGUGCUCGCGCGGCAGAUCAGCACGCUGGCCGAGACCUUCGACUCGUACAUGCGCAGCGGCGGCGGCAGAGGGACUCAGAGGCAGGAGGGCGAGGAGCUGAAAGCGUCGCACACGAGGCUCUUCCUGUCAGGCCGCAGCUCCUCUCUCCCCGAGACUCGCUCCGGGUGGCUGGAGGCGCAGGCCGACUGCUCCGGGGAGCUCGCCGGAGUCGGCGCAGGCGGCAGCGGCGGCGCGCCCGCCUCGCUGCUGCUGCCGCCGCCGCCGCCUUGCAAGCGUUGGAGGAGUCUGGACUUCUCGAUCGUUCCCGAGCUGGAAGAGGGCCCCUCGUCGUCAUCCGUCGACCGAGAGGUCGUGUUCGACACUCUGCUCAAGGACAUCGUGGACCUACAGGAGAAUGAAGCGGCGGCGGUGGAGGAGGGGGUCGCGGGAAUCAUGUCAGCAGGAGGAGAAGACGGAGGAGGAGGAGGCAGAGGAGGUGGAGGAGGAGGCGGAGGAGGGGAGGGCUUGGGUGAGCCGUGCCUUGUCGCGGAGCCCCAGGCUGCUGCCGCGAGCUCCCCAUGUUUUGGGCUUCGUGCGUCUGAGUUGUAUCAACUCGCCGAGGGCAGCUCGCCGCACCACGCGCCAGGUGGAAGCCCAAAGGAACGACCAUUCUGAAAUAAGUCUCUUGACUUACAGGCUGUGGAGUAUGGCAUAUUGCCAUGGACGAGCAGACACCGGUUUUAUCCCUGUGCCCUGGAAACAGUAGUUUCUGGUUAGGGAAAUAGGGACCUGUCUGUAUGUACGUGUAUGUGUGUGUUGCGUCUUUGUGUACAUUGCGAGCUGUGUGUGCCGUGGUUGUGUUUUCAUAGGCUGCGUACGCGCGGGCAAGCGACGUUAGUGAACACCCAUUUAGAGGUUGCCAGCACCGUUCACGCCCGGCCGCCUUUGUCUCCCCGGUGUUGAAGUUUUACACGCCGUCGCUUCAAGUACCCGGUUAAGGCUGAAGUCGAUUUAACAGAGGCCCAGGGGUGAGUCCAAGACGCUGCUUGCCCACUGGUGUCAGCCGUGGCUGGGGAAUGAGCCCAGCUCCUGGGAUCGCAGUGCGGAUUAGAAAACCGCUGCGGCGUAAUUCUCUCCGACGAACCGGGGAAUCUUUGUCUUAAUCGGUGAUCGCUGUCGGCCAUUACAUCCCCUACUAUGCAGUACAAGACUAAACGGGGAACAUAUUGUGUGUGUGUGUGUGAGACCGUUUGUCUUUAUCGUCUGUGUGCAAGUUCUACUGCAAAAAAGACCACACUUACACGAAGCGGGUUGUGUCAAUAUGUGCAGUAUGUACAUAGUAAUUGACACCGUUUGUCAGUCCACUGCUGGAUGAAAGUACGUAAGACGUAUGUAUAUAUGAGAUACCCUGAUUAUUGUGACCGCAUACGUACGCACGCACACACGUGCCCCAACACGCUGGAUUCGUUUGGCACUCGAUUGAGAGGCCGGUCGAUACGUGGCGGAUGCGCGCUGCAAACGGAACCGUGCGAUUUGUGCACGUGUAUAGAACUCUUCGGUCAACCGAAUUUAAUGCUUAACUUUUUAAUAUAUAUGCAUAAACGUAUAUAUAUAGAAACGCAUUAACAAAUGGUAUUGAAAUAUUUUCAAGGAUUUAUUUCUUUUAAAAACUAAAAAAAAUCCCGCGCUUAAAGAGAUGCUGUUGCGUGGCGUCGUCGACGCUGAAACCUCGGAGGGGGUCGGUCGCUAUCGGAUAGCGGUCGUCGUCGUCUCUCUCCGCUGUUCGGGGAGUGGUGGUGGUGGCAGCGGUGGUGGUGGUGGUGGCUGGUUCACACGCUCGCACACGCCGCUCGCCUACUGGACGUCUGUGAACAAAAAGAGCUUCACAGCUUAUCGGAUUCCUCCAGUUGAAAUCAACUUUCCGAUUCGUCCUGCUUCGGGGGUUAGAACGGAACGGGCCUCUGCCCCGGGUAGCGCCGCACCACUCGAGCCGUUUGUAAAAAUUAUAAUCCUGAUACGAAGGUCAACUCGGCAUCCUAUCUUAUCAUCAUGAUCAUCAAACACAUUGGCCUUAGCGCAUCAAUUACGCGAUAUGUAGCAAGGGCCAUGGCCCGAAAUGUCUCAGAUUAUAUAUUGUCUUUUAAGGCCACACAGUGUUGUUGUUGACACGGAAUGUGUCCAUGGGUUUUUGUUGUUUGUGCACCACUGCCAACUCAGCAGCAGCAGCACCACCAAGUAAUUUGUUUACUCAUCCUUACAGGAUUGAUAACAUUGACACCGCUCUGUGCGCGCGUGUGAAGUUAACACUUGGACUGGUGAGACUGGACCUCCCCCUCGCCGUGGCAAUGUGGGAUCUCCAAAUGUUUCCAUGGCAGUGCGUAUAGUUUGAAGUGUUCAAAACAUUUGAACCGCUUUCGAUUGUGUUGGCCGAUUGACACAUUCAUUCGUACGCCAUUCGGUUACAAUGAAACGCAAGUCCGCGAGCGAGGGCUUCGAGGCGAGUCUUCACGUCGCGUCACUGUGGGGUGACCAAGGGCUUCGUCGCGUACAAAUGAAGUUGGGUGAACCUCGCGCAAUUUCACGACCCCACGUGGGCUGGCCAGCCGGCGGCCGCUGUUGAGCCCCAUAGGCCACAUUUGCCAGCGGUCGCUCGUUUGUGCACUCGAGUGGAAACAUUUUGUAGACAGCCAUUAGGGGGGAUGAGGUGAAUUCCAACUUCGUGAAGAAGACGAACUCGAUGGCCGUGCAUCGACCCAAUAAGCGAAACUCACAACUUGCCUCUGUGUUAAAUAGUUCUUCGUGAUAAGAUAUAUUUUUUGUAAAAAUGUAAACGUAUACCCAAAAAGACAAAUACGGACUGUCGAAUAUUUUUUUGGUGACGAAUUUUCGUGGAUAUCGUAUAUUUAUUUGUAUUGCCACAUGGUGACGGAUCGAAAUAAACAUUAUAUAUUAUGAACAAGCGCGCGUGACGCAAGACUGCUCGUCUUUAUUGUCGGUGUUCCAUCGCAUUUCGAGAGCAACGGGAUGCUAACCAUAUCCCAAAGAGCCCAAAUGCAGCCAAAUCGCCUAAUUUAGGCCAUGCUUACACAACCCCCUAGC